AUGCCCAACGGCGCCACCCUCGGAAGCAAUCUGCUGGACAAGAUCUCCGUGUUGCCUUGCUUCGCUGCUUUCAUUGAAACAAUUGUCUCCCAAACGAUCUGUGAAAGUAAUGUCGUCAGAAGAAGUUUCAUAGAUCCAAUGAGCAGAGGGCUUUUCAAAGCCCUUGGCGAGAAGAGCUUUCUCGACUCUGAGAACUGUCAGUCUCGACCAGCCAACCUGCAACUACCGCUGACCAACUUGUCCAUGGAGGAGCUGUUGGCGCACUUGCGCUACUUCAGCGAUCACCUUGAAAUCAUUCAGGGUGUUUUGAAGCGGAAAGGGGACGCGGAAGACGUGGAGGUUGUCUGCAUGCGGAAGGGGGAUCUCAAGUUGUUGGAAGUUAUUUUAGACACGUUCGCUGAGCCCCUCCGUCAAAUACGAACGAAGAGGCAAGGCGACGUGUUUCGAAGUGAACGGCUUUCCAUUGCUUUGCCGGCUAUGAAGCAACUGCUUCAGGACUUGGAAGGAAUAUAUCAUAGCGUGACAGAACCGCUCAAGACAGUAGUGAUGGAUGUUUUCCAGGCAGUGAAACUUCAGAGAGAGGCGAUGGAGUCACAAAGCAUUUACGCAUGCGCGACACUGCUGGAUCCACGGUUUAAAAGAGAAGGGUUCUCAACGGUUGAGGCUGCCGAUGUAGCCGAGUCGCAGAUUGCAGAAACGUUUGAACGGGAGAGAAAGCGAGAGGAUGUGGGAAGAGGGCUCCGCGAUAGCGGUGGGAAUGCGACUAGUAUCAUUGAUGGGCCAUCAAUGGGGUACGAUCAGAUGAUAGGCUCUGACACUGCGGAGCGGGAGCUGCUUUCUUCCUUCCUGAGGGCUUAUCUAGAGGAACCGAUCGUUGAGGGGAUGGAGGACGUGGAAGGGUACUGGCGCGGGAGGCACAGUAAAUGGCCGUUGUUGGCUGAGAUCGCGGCGCAGUACGCGCUGAUGCCGAGCACGUGUGACACAGACACGACGCAUUCAGUGCUGGGAGAUUACAAGAGGUUGGAUUCAUUCGACAGCAGCGUGUCUUCCGACUCGCUGUACUUAUCAUUUUGCAGGACCAACAUGCUCCUGGUUGAUGGUGACUUGAUGCUCAGCUAG